UCGGAGCCCGAGUCCGCGGGAAGAUGGCGGCCCCGCUCAUCCCGCUCUCCCAGCAGAUUCCCACUGGAAAUCCAUUAUAUGAAUCUUAUUAUAAGCAGGUAGACCCGGCAUACACAGGGCGAGUUGGGGCGAGUGAAGCUGCGCUUUUUCUAAAGAAGUCCGGGCUCUCAGACAUUAUCCUUGGGAAGAUAUGGGACUUGGCUGACCCAGAAGGUAAAGGGUUCUUGGACAAACAGGGUUUCUAUGUUGCACUGAGACUAGUGGCCUGUGCACAGAGCGGCCAUGAAGUUACCUUGAGCAAUCUGAAUUUGAACAUGCCGCCGCCUAAAUUCCACGAUACCAGCAGCCCUCUGAUGGUCACGCCGCCAUCCGCAGAGGCCCAUUGGGCUGUGAGGGUGGAAGAAAAGGCAAAAUUUGACGGAAUUUUUGAAAGCCUCUUACCCAUCAAUGGUUUGCUCUCUGGAGACAAAGUCAAGCCAGUCCUCAUGAACUCAAAGCUGCCUCUUGAUGUCCUGGGCCGGGUCUGGGACCUCAGUGACAUUGACAAGGAUGGGCACCUGGACAGAGAUGAGUUUGCUGUGGCAAUGCACUUGGUGUACCGAGCCCUCGAGAAGGAGCCUGUGCCCUCUGUCCUGCCUCCAUCCCUCAUCCCACCUUCCAAGAGGAAGAAGACCGUGUUCCCAGGCGCUGUGCCCGUCCUGCCUGCCAGCCCCCCGCCGAAAGACAGCCUCCGCUCCACGCCUUCCCACGGCAGCGUCAGCAGCCUGAACAGCACGGGGAGCUUGUCCCCCAAGCACAGCAUCAAGCAAACACAGCCAACCGUGAGCUGGGUGGUGCCGGUUGCGGAUAAGAUGCGAUUUGACGAGAUAUUCCUGAAGACCGACCUGGACCUGGAUGGCUAUGUGAGCGGCCAGGAGGUGAAGGAGAUCUUCAUGCACUCGGGCCUCACCCAGAACCUUCUAGCACACAUAUGGGCCCUGGCUGAUACGAGGCAAACAGGGAAGUUAAGUAAAGACCAGUUUGCAUUAGCUAUGUACUUCAUUCAGCAGAAGGUCAGUAAAGGCAUCGACCCCCCUCAAGUCCUGUCACCGGACAUGGUCCCGCCCUCAGAGAGAGGCACUCCUGUCCCGGACGGUUCAAGUUCUCUUGGAUCAGGGGAAUUUACUGGUGUGAAAGAACUUGAUGAUAUCAGUCAAGAGAUCGCCCAGUUACAAAGAGAGAAGUACUCCCUGGAGCAAGACAUUAGAGAAAAGGAAGAGGCAAUCAGACAGAAAAGCAACGAAGUACAGGAAUUACAAAAUGAUUUAGACCGGGAAACAAGCAGUUUGCAAGAGCUAGAAGCUCAGAAACAGGACGCCCAAGACCGACUUGACGAAAUGGAUCAGCAGAAGGCCAAGCUCCGAGACAUGCUGAGCGACGUGAGGCAGAAGUGCCAGGACGAGACUCAGAUGAUUUCCUCAUUGAAGACCCAAAUCCAGUCUCAGGAAUCUGAUCUCAAGUCCCAGGAAGAUGACCUGAACCGGGCCAAGUCGGAGCUGAACCGAUUGCAGCAGGAAGAAACCCAGCUGGAGCAGAGCAUUCAGGCUGGGAAAGUUCAACUGGAAACCAUCAUCAAGUCCCUGAAAUCGACGCAAGAUGAAAUCAACCAGGCACGAAGCAAGCUUUCCGAGCUGCACGAGAGCCACCAGGAAGCCCACAGGACCCUGGAGCAGUACGACGAGGCACUCGACGGGGCCCACGGCGCCAGCCUGACCAACUUAGCCGACCUGAGCGAGGGGGUCUCCCUGACAGAGAGGGGCGGUUUUGGAGCCAUGGAUGAUCCUUUCAAAAAUAAAGCCUUGUUAUUUAGCAACAAUGCCCAAGAAUUGCAUCCGGAUCCUUUCCAGGCUGAAGACCCCUUCAAAUCCGACCCAUUUAAAGGAGCUGAUCCCUUCAAAGGUGACCCAUUCCAGAAUGACCCCUUCGCAGAACAACAGACAGCUUCAGCAGAUCCAUUCGGAGGGGAUCCUUUCAAAGAAAGUGACCCAUUCCGUGGCUCUGCGCCCGACGACUUCUUUAAGAAACAGACAAAGAAUGACCCAUUUACCUCAGACCCAUUCACGAAAAACCCUUCCUUACCCUCAAAGCUCGACCCCUUUGAAUCCAGUGAUCCUUUUUCAUCCUCCAGUGUCUCCUCAAAAGGAUCAGGUCCCUUUGGAACCUUAGACCCCUUCGGAAGCGGGUCCUUCAGUAGUGCUGAGGGCUUUGCCGACUUCAGCCAGAUGUCCAAGCCCCCAACUUCUGGUCCUUUCACCUCCUCCUUUGGAGGGGCAGGAUUCUCAGAUGACCCCUUUAAAAGUAAACAGGACACUCCCGCUCUGCCUCCGAAGAAACCUGCUCCUCCACGGCCUAAACCGCCCAGCGGUAAAAGUACACCUGUAAGCCAGCUUGGUUCUGCAGACUUUCCCGAGCCCCCCGAUCCAUUCCAGCCACUUGGGGCUGACAGCAGUGACCCGUUCCAAAAUAAAAAGGGGUUUGGGGACCCGUUUAGUGGAAAAGAUCCAUUUGCUCCCUCCUCUUCAGCUAAACCUUCUAAAGCCUCUUCCUUGGGCUUUGCAGACUUCACCUCUUUUGGCAAUGAGGAGCAGCAGAUGGCCUGGGCCAAGCGGGAGAGCGAGAAGGCCGAGCAGGAGAGGCUAGCGCGGCUGCGGCGGCAGGAGCAGGAGGACCUGGAGCUGGCCAUCGCGCUCAGCAAGGCCGACAUGCCCGCCGCCUAGGCGCCCGGCCCGGGGCGGUCCCGCCAGAGAACACUCCAGCCUGUCUGUGCACGCACAUGCACACGUACACACACACACAUACACGCACAUACACACACACAUGCAUGAAUGCACGCACAC